AUGGGUGAGUUCGAUUCCGGAAGAUCCAAGUACGUGACUUCGCACGAGACGCCACCUCAAGGGGAUACCGACGGUUUGUGGAUGAACUAUGGGACCUCGAUUUCUUUGGGAUUUGUUGCAACUGGUGUCUUGAUAUCCAUGUUCGUGAUCAUGGCCAUCUUUGAACAUCUGUUCAAACCCAAUGCUUCAUUCCGUUUGACUCAACACACGGGCCAUAGGCCGAAUGACAUGCAAAAGCUCGUAGAUCCACAACCACCUGUACAAUCAGGAUACAGGUCAGAUUUAUCAGUAUUGAUGCCAGGGAAACAAUACCCAACGUACAUUGCACAUCCGACACCUCUACCUUGUUUAAGGGAAGGAGUGUAUUGGCCUUCACAUCGUCAACACAACUUGGUCCAUCCUUAG